AUGAUUAGAGAAAGACUUCAAAUUUUUGUUUUGCUGCUCAUCACCCAAAUAAUUUGCAAUGCUACGGAUACAAAUCACUGUCCUCCUUCUUCAUGUGGGAAUAUCCACAACAUUAGUAAACCUUUCCGAUUACAAACUGAUCCAAACCACUGCGGAAAACAUGGAUAUGAGCUUUCUUGCGAAAAUAAUAUCACAGUGCUGAAUCUAUUCAGAGGAAGAUACUAUGUGCAGGCCAUCAACUACGAUGACUUCACCAUCCGACUGGUGGAUGAUGGCAUCAACCCAGAUGAUUGCUCCUCCAUUCCUCGUUUUCCUUUAACUCGUAGCAAAUUAUCGGAGGUAGAUGAUCGAUACUGGAGUGUCUAUUCACAGCCUAUGAUUAGUUUCAUAAAGUGCCCAAAUCCAGUGUACUCUCCCUCUUAUCUGGACUGUUCUACUUGCAUUAAUGGAGGUUCUGCUUUGCAGACGCAUACCUAUGCGAUGAUGAUAAAUGAAAAUACCGAGGUAUCUGAUUUGAUGGAGUUGUGCAGCGUAGAGAUGAUUUAUUUGCUUCCAGAUGAAAAGGCUUUCGAGAACAGGGAUAAUGAUAAUAUAGCCUGCGUUGAAAUUCACAGGCAACUUGCAUAUGGGUUUGAGCUUAUGUGGGAGCUCAACUAUUUCGAUUUCUACCAGGACACUAAUGACACUACUAACCACUUCGGUAUACAAGAUCUGCCCUAUACAUUGAUGGAGGGAAUCUAUGCGAUCGUCUAUGCAAUCGAAUUAAUUUUCUCUACAUUUUCUGCAGUUGAUUACCCAUUGAUAUUCGCUGUUAUUGGAAAGUUUUUGGUUGGAAGAGCUUUGUUUGGACUUCCAUUUGUAAUUGCUUUUCUUGUAUUCAAAUGGCGAAGGAAACAUCGGUCGGAAUAUGACACAAUUGAAGAAUUCCUACAAACCCAUAAUAACCUUAUGCCGAUAAGAUAUUCUUACUCGCACAUUAAGAAGAUUACUAGAGGUCUCAAGGAAAAGUUGGGAGAAGGAGGCUUUGGUUCUGUGUAUAAAGGAAAGCUUCGUAGUGGUCAAUUUGCUGCAGUGAAAAUAUUGGAUAAAUCUAAAGCUGAUGGACAAGAUUUUAUUAAUGAAGUUGCUACUAUUGGGAAGAUUCACCAUGUUAAUGUGGUAAAACUAAUUGGUUUUUGUGCCGAGGGAUCAAGACGAGCUCUUAUAUAUGAAUUCAUGUCUAAAGGAUCUCUUAAUAAUUAUAUUACUUGUCAUGAAGGAUCCAUUUCUUUAAGUUGGGAAAAACUAUAUGAGAUAUCCCUUGGAGUUGCUCGUGGCAUUGAAUAUCUACAUCGAGGUUGUGACAUGCAAAUCCUUCAUUUUGAUAUCAAACCUCACAACAUUCUUUUGGAUGAAAAUUUCACUCCAAAGAUAUCUGAUUUUGGGAUUGCUAAAUUUUAUCCAACCAAGGGGAGCAUUCCAUCUCUUACAGCUGCAGGGGGAACAGUAGGAUAUAUGGCACCAGAGAUAUUCUAUAGAAACAAAUUCUACAAAAACAUUGAACGUGUCUCAUAUAAAGCAGAUGUGUAUAGCUUUGGACAAUUGGUGUUAGAAAUGGCGGACAGAGAGAAGAAAGUAAAUGCAUUUGUUGAAAGUUUAAGUGACGUUUACAGUCCAUAUCGGCUUCAUGACCAACUCUCUAGUGGAAACUUACCAAUAGAAGAUAUAGAAAAGGAGGAAAAUAUAAAAGCUAGGAAAAUGAUGAUAACAGGAUUAUGGUGCGUACAGUUUCAACCUUCUAAUCGUCCUGCAAUGAACAAAGUUAUAGAGAUGCUUGAAGGAGAUUUUGAAAGCCUACAAAUGCCUCCCAGGCCUGUUCUAUUUCCUGCAGAUUCAAUGAUUACGGAUGGGGGAAGAUUGUCAUUAACAUCAGAUGAGUUUACAGAAUCAAAUAGCUUGGCUGAAAAUUCGGGAGGACACAUAGGAAAUAUUCUGCUCAGUGCAGGGGAAGGCCAACAUGCCACUCGUUGAAAGAGUAGUCUUUCCAUUUUAAAUGGUAGAACAGAAAUCUUCUCCAUCUUGCAUCCUUUUAAAUUGCUCUAAACACUAGAGUUGAUUAAUGACUCGAUGAUAGUUUGUAAUGAUUCUGUUUUUAACUUGCAAGUGCAAGCUACCUUUAUUUGCAUCGUAUUUGUGGUUCUUCUAAACCUAAUGAUAAUGCAUUUGCAGAUGUUUCACUA